GCGUAUUUUUUUAUAUUAAUUGAGAGAAAGCCCUGAAGAGUAUCGCUAUCCCGUAACAGAAAAAAAAAAUGUUAAUGACCAAGAAUGAAGAAGAUGGAAGACCGGUUCUGGAAAGGACAAACAUAAGAGCUGGUGACCUUGCGACGGAUUCCCUUAUCCCCUCCCUUCUUCCUCCAGAUGUACUUUUUAAAUAAUGAGUCAUCCAGGUGAUUUGAUUCUACACCAGAGAGUGGAAAAUAAUAGGCGGGAAGAGGGAUGAUAAAUCGUGUGAAUGGAAAAACGGUAAAAAUGUGGGGAAAUGAGUGAAGACAGUUUCAAUUUACAAUUUAAUCUGCAGAUGGUGAAUGAUUGUGAUUACAUGUACAUAUACGCUCCCUCAGCAUUUCCAUGUAAUCGCUACCAUCUGCUCUCUAAUUGACAUUCACCGAGCAAUUAAAAUUGUGGAGGGUAAGAGACUGACUUUUUUUUGCGAUAAGUCGAGAUAUAAAAUCUUAGGAUAAUUGCUCAGUGGAAAGAAUUGACAAUGAUUCUAUUUUUAUCGGGGAUUUGUUUUUUUUUAGAUGCCUUUGGCUCACUCAAUUUUUUUUUUCGACCUGUCUUGGCCACCGAUAGAUAAUCAUCUGCCAACGGGCAAAUGCAUUAGCGCUUGAACUCUUACAAUGUCACCGGAUCAAUUUGGAUUAGACAAACGUCAGUUCGUAUUUGGUGGUCAAUACAUCUGGGGAUGGUACCAUCGCAAUUACGUUAUUUUGUUUCUUUUUGAGAAUUUAUCAAUCAUUCUGAUGCUAGGUGAUUGUGGUGAUUGGGGGAUCUUAUUGAGAAGUGGUGUCUGGUCGAAAAUAUCCUGAAGCUUAUCUAGUUCAUGCUUCAGUUGAUUUUUUUCUUCUCCCAGUGAAGUGGAAGAACAAGUGUUAUAUUAAAUUUCUGGUGAUACAGUGGAGUUAUUAGGAAAGACAUGAAAGUAUCAAGAGAACCGUUUUGCAGGGAAAAUUCACUUCCCUGAUAUUGUAUUCCAAAUAGUUGCUCGUGACUUGAGUCGUUGGAAUGUUAAUUCAAUAGUUAAUAAUUAUGUGCUGUCAAUAUAGAAUUUUUAUUAACCAGACUUUGGAUUUUGACAGGGAGGGAUUGACAAAACUCAAGAAGGCGAUCAAGGCUAUACAUAAUUCAGGAAAUGCACACGUGGACAAUGAAGUCUAUCUGGGGAGAGCUCUGGAGAGACUCGGAGAUGCUGCACUCAAGGAGCAGGAACCUGAUAUUGGCGCUGCAUUUCUAAAGUUUGCGGUAGUCACUAAAGAACUGAGUGCACUCAUGAAGACAUUAAUGCAAAAUAUCAACAACAUCGUCAUGUUCCCCCUCGAUUCGGUGUUGAAAGGAGACUUGAGAGGGGUGAAAGGGGACUUGAAGAGGCCAUUCGAAAAAGCGUGGAAGGAUUACGAGGCUAAGUACGCGAAAAUAGAAAAGGAGAAGAAGCAACAUGCAAAAGAAGCGGGUCUUAUACGAACGGAAGUCACACCUGCUGAAAUUGCAGACGAAAUGGAGAAAGAGAGACGGUUGUUUCAAUUACAAAUGUGUGAGUACCUCAUAAAAGUUAAUGAAAUCAAAACGAAAAAAGGGAUUGAGCUGCUGCAACAUCUUGUCGAGUAUUACCACGCACAAACUAACUACUUUCAAGAUGGCUUGAAAACUAUCGAACACUUCGGUUCCUAUAUAGUAGACCUCAGCAUUAAGCUCCAGAAGAUCCGCCAGACCCAAGAUGAGGAACGUCGUCGACUCACAGAACUUCGCAGCCUCCUCCGAAGUUCGGGUUGUGACAAGGAGCUCACAACAAACGCCUCCGCUGGAUAUUCUCUCCAUCAGCUCCAAGGGGACAAACAACACGGUGUUACUCGCUCCGGGCACUUGCUCAAAAAGAGCGAGGGAAAGAUGCGUCGUGUGUGGCAGAAACGUCGUUGUGCUGUACAGGCUGAAGGUUACCUAGACAUCUGUCAUGCGGAUGAAAACAAGCCACCCACUCGAGUCAAUCUCCUCACCUGCCAAAUAAAACUAGUCCCCGAUGACAAGCGAGGCUUCGACCUCAUCAGCUACAAUCGAACUUAUCAUUUCCAAGCAGAAGAUGAGACCGACCAACGAGCAUGGAUGUCAGUUUUAGUGAAUUGCAAGGAGCGAGCCCUCCUGAGAGCUUUUGAUGCCAGUGGAAAGGCUGACGCAGGUCAAGGGAAUCCCACUCUCGUUGAACUACAACAGGCGGUUAUCAGAUGUGUCAUGAGACUCUCAGGUAACGAUCAGUGCUGUGACUGCUCGUCGCAAAAUGACGCCACGUGGCUGUCAACGAAUUUCGGAAUAAUUGUCUGCAUCGAGUGCAGUGGGAUUCACAGAGAUCUUGGGGUUCACAUCUCCAGGAUACAAUCAUUAACCCUCGAUAAUGUUGGAACUGCGCAGUUAUUAUUAGCGAGAUACAUGACUAAUCAAUCUUUUAAUGAAGUUAUGGAAGCGACUCUUCAUCAUAAUUUGAAACCAUCUCCAUCGUCCUCCAUGGAGGAGAGAUAUGAAUUCAUUCGGGCUAAAUAUGUUGAUAAACGAUACGUCAUGAAUACUUGCGCAGAUGAACGGGAUCUACUAUCGGAUCUUGAGCAUGCGGUCAAUAAUAGGGAUCUUCAACAAUUGCUACAGGUAUUUGCUGAGAAUGUGGACCUCGCAGCGCCCCUACCGACUUCUGAGGUGGGUGAAACAGCCCUGCAUUUGGCUAUUCUCAGGGAAAUGGGGGGGAGUCUGCAUCUAGUCGAUUUUCUGGUACAAAAUAUGCAGAGUGGAGGGGUUGAUAGAGCUACUGUAGACGGGGAAACUGCUCUGCAUUUUGCCGCAAGGCAUGACAGGGCUGAAGCGAUGAAGCUACUAUUGAGAGCUGGGGCUGAUCCGACAUUAAGGAAUAAACAAGAUAAAACACCGUCAGAUAUUGCACAAGAGUUGGGACAUCUUGCAUGUAAGGACUUGUUAAGUCACGCACUACAGAAACAAAAGACUCAGUUUGAUAAUGUCAAUAUUGACUGGAAUUUAUCCCAUGACGAAGGAUCCACCGAUUUCUCGGACGACGAGACAAUUAUUGAGGAUCGGAAUGGAUGCUUAACGCCAGAGAAAAAAUCUCGUAGUAGACCUCCCUCCUACGCAGGAGGUGGUGGUUCUGGCCCUGGGGACUCGCCAAUAACUUUGAGAAGCCGAAGUAGUACCUGUGAUAGUCUCCAAAGUGGUUCUUCUCCGAAUUCAGUGACAAGUAGACAACAAAUGCCACCGCCCCCGCCACCUCAAGCGAGAAAGCCGAUAAUAGCGUCGAGUCCAAUGGGACCACCAGACAUGGUUUUAAAUAUUCACGGAUCACUCAAAAAGAGGGUAGCACCACCUCCUCCACCUGGAACUGGCGGGGGUGGAAUGCUCACCGCUCACUAUGGAACUCUACCGACUUCUGUUAACUUAGCCACCUCAUCACACAGUAGAACUACCAGUGAGCCUAUUUUGGCUGGUCAUUCUUUGCACAGUUUACCACAUUCUUUGAAUACCUUGAAUAGUUUGCAUCAUAAGAGGUCACCUAGCAGCGACUCAUCGACUGGGCAUGGCACGUUGGAUAAAUCAAAUACAUCAACUCUCCAAAGGCCACGAAAUCCUCCUCCUCCGGCUCCCUCCAUCGCAUCAUCAUCGAGAAUGAGUAAUGGACGGAGCAGUGAAUCCUUGAGUUCAAUGUGUUCAGAACAUGGGAUUGGUAAUCCCGUACCUCCCCCCAGAAAGCGAAGGGAACGAUCCAGAUUAGAAAGCUACGCCGAGGAGCCCUCAUCUUUGCUCCCCAAUCUGAAUCCGCCGACUUCAUCGAGCUUGAAUGGAUUGCGUCGUUGUCGUGCACUUUACGACUGUGAAGCUGACAACGAGGACGAGCUUUCGUUUCGCGAGGGUGAAGUUAUAAUCGUUACCAACGAACAAACCGACGAUGAUAAUUGGAUGGAAGGAGUACUGGAACGUGCACCAGAGAGACGAGGAAUGUUUCCAAUAAGUUUUGUACAUAUGCUGCAGGAUUAACACGCGGUUAGUCUCAACUCGUUAGCAACAAUUUCUAAUUCACCGAGUACUUUGAGUAUGACCAGUCUCAACAAGUGUAACGAUAAUUAAUCGGCAAAUGCACACUUUAGUAAUGAGAGGCAUACAGAAAUCAAGUGAAUGGGUUAAAUGAGAUUAAUAGAAUACAUUUAUGGAUGGUAAUGCUUCAAUUUUUAUUCAACACGUCAAUUUUCAUUUCACUCCCCUGUUUAAUUGGCAUCAGUACUUUUCGAUAAUUGACCACAUACAUGUGAUAUUUCCGUAAAUAAUACCCCGAGAGUUGCAGAAUUAUCGUAUAAUUCUCUGUGAGUUCGUGACAAAAAAACGAACAAGUCAAGUGUUUAUGUAAAAAACAUCACGAGUAAAAACUUGACGAUUUCGUUUGACCGCCAGGAACCUGUGGAGAUAUUGUUCGAUUAAUUUUUAAGCUCAAAUGUUAUUAAUGGGGGAAUUUUUGUAUCCAAAUUCCGGCUACAGGAAUGGCAAAGUGAGAAAAAUUUAAUCUGACAGUUCUAACCAGGAGUUCACUUAGUCUCGUCAUUCUGUUUUUCACAAAUAUAGUUAAUAUGAAAAAUUACUAGAUUUAUCGAAAAAAAUAACAAUCAAGGGAAUUUUAUGUUGACUGUAUAAAGUAAUCAUCACAUUAGGAUAAUUCUUUUGAUUGGAAAUUGAAUGGAGAAUAGGUCCCCAAUUCUAUUCAUCCUUCAAUAAAAAAAAGUACCUCUAAAAAGUACUCAUCCUAGAAUAACUCAAAGCCAUGUUGAACCUAGUGCGAUUAAGACUUUCAUCUUUAAUUGAAAUGCAUGCAAAUGUGGCGAUAGAAAUGUUCGAAGAUGCUUAGCAAGUAAAGUGUCAUUCAAUGUCUUAUCCUAGAGUAUUUUUCGAGUAAACAACAAUAUUGUUGAUGAAGAACAAAGUUAUUAAAUUAGAUAGAUCUAUAUUUCCUCGAUCGUUGAGCGUGAAAAAAAAUCUAUUACGUAUUAUGCAUGGCACGAUAAGUAUUACUAGAAUAUCCAUCACAAGAAAUAUCAAAAACUGCGGGAGUAUCAAUUAACUUAAGUGAUGAACAUGCAUGUGUCCAUAAUAAUUUGCAAACAAUUUUCCAAAUAUAUUCAACAAAGAGAAAGUUAUAAGUUUUCAUUGUUUAACCCCUGUUGUUCAUCACUUCAGCAUAGAAAUUGAAAACUAAAAUAAAAAAGUCGAUUUAUUCAAAAAAAAAAAUUGAUUUUUCAAUGUGACGCCAUAAUGUCUAGUUCUCAAACACAAAAUAUAUAUAAAAAAAUAGUGGAAUUAAAGAACACUUGACUAUUUAUUAGUAAUUAGAAACUCGAAUGAAUGUAAGAUGUCGCAUCGUACAAUUAUUAAACUCAAUUAUUAUACUGACUAUAAAUUUGACUAGUUUACGUGACACCAAAGAAAGGCAAAAAAAAUUUUAUCAUCAAAGAUGAGAGGUAAAUGAUACGAAACAAUGAUGAAUUGAAAUUCUCAUCUCCAGCAUGUAAAUAUAUCUUUAUACGUGUAUAUAUACAAAAUGUAUAUAUUUUGAAAUUGAAACGUAAAGGACUUAAAAAUUGCAUGAAAAUGCAGUACAACUCAAAUGAAUCGAUGAAAAAUGAUUGUAAUUGGAACUGAAAAAAUUCCUCGACUCUGAGAAUAAAUGACGAGGAGUAAUUUUUACUGUAAUUUGGCCUCUAUGUAUCAAAUUUUGAAGCUAAUUAAUUGUGAUUAGGCUAUUAUUUAUUGAUUCAAUUCUAUCAGCAUGAAAAACAUUCACGAAUCACAUCACAACUCGUGAGUCGGUACUUUUAUUACUCAUCAUAUGAUUAUUGUUGAUUCACGAAUUCAACGCCAACAUUUGAUGUCUUUUUAUUGCUCUUAAUAAAUUAAUAUAAAUUAAUAUAUUCAAUAUUUGUAUGUACUCGUAGUGUAGGUAGGACACAGAGAAAAUCAUCAAUAAAUGUUAAACGAUAAACAAGUCAUUAUGAUCGAUACUUGGUAUAAAUGACGACUGGUGUAAUUAUUCAAGUAUUUGUAUAACAUGCAUAAUAACGAUUUCUGUAAUAUGGAUGAAACAUGAUGUAUCAAAUGAAAUGAAUAUUCUAAAAAAAUCACUUAUAAAAAAAAAACAGAAAUAAACGUUGUUUAGGAAAUAAUUGUCUCGAUUAUUUUAAUAGGAUGAGCCAAUUAAAAAUCCUAUCCUUAUCUCAAUUUAAUUCUGGACGUUAAUGGGGAUAAUGGUCGAUGAUCGAAAUGAGAAAUUCGAUUUCUCUUUCCUGUUAUUCAGACGUUCAUCAAUCAGACGUCUAAGAGCUAAAAAAGAUUUUAAUUAGCAAAAGAUCCUGUGAAUAAAAUAACUGCUAACAUUUAGUUGCGUAUGAAAAUGUUUUUAUUGAAAAGUGGUUUUUGUUUACACACUACAACGUUAGUGUAUUUCCUCUAUGAUUUUUUUUUUCAUUUUUUUUUCUUCAACAGUACAAAAAUUGCGUCUUUACAAGUUGUCCGGCUUAAUAACUAAAUACCCCAGUUAGCAAUACCUGAUCGCAAGAAUAAGCCCAUUUUUUCCACUUCACAGUAAAAUGCCAAUUAGAUUUGAAACACAAUCAAUGAGUGUUUCUUUAAAAAACUAGAUAAAUUGUGAUUGGAUUUUCAAAAUCAAUCACAAUUUUUUUUUUUAUUCAGAGACUGCUAUCUGGGUUACCUUUGGAGACACCCUCAACAACUAAACACUCAGUUACUUGAAGAAAU